UAAUUUUGCCUGCUUAACACUUAGAAAGAAAAAUAAAUAAAUAGAUGAAGGAUGCUCGCCAGGGUUGGCAGCACUGAGGCCACGCAGCAGAAACAGCUGGACGGGAGAAAGGGAAUUAUUUCGUCCCAGAAUAAUGACCCUACGAGAGGUUUAGGGAUGCACCGCUACCCCUGCUAAGGAUGGAGGCGGGGGUGCAAGGACAGGGCCACCAGCUGCUGUCAGAUACACGUCAACACACCCUCUCUUCCUCUCCUGUGACAGCCACCGCGCCGCACUCUCUCAGCCUCGACUCCAGUGCGUUUGCAUUGGUGAUUGACGCACGCACAGAUUUCCAGACCUCAGCGGGCAGUAGUGGGGGUGGAGGAACAGACACAUCACCCCAGCAGUCAUUCAGACUCACCCCAACGCCCCAAGAGGCUCAGGAGACACUCAGCCCCUCCACCACAGGUCCGGCAUUGCACACCAACACAGCCUCCCUUCCUCCCAGCCCCUCUCCGCAGACCAGGAAGUUUCUCUACAGACUUAUAGACACGCAUCUCGGUGCCAGCGAUGGGAGCUUAGUUAGUGGUGGCUACGGUGGUGGUGGUGGUGGUGGUGGUGGUGGUGGGCGGCACAGUUUAGCCCUGGCUGGAGUGCAUCGUUUUGGCAGUCGCCUCCCGUGUGCUGGCUCCCCACACGACUUAGCAUCCUGCCCUGCCCCACCUCCUCCCCUACAGCCAUCGCUCCCUCCCCAUAGCCAGAGGGGAGAGGGACAAGGCAACAGCACUAAGGAGGGGGAGGAGCAAGGUGCAGGUAGUGUUGCCAGACAAAGUGAUGCCCUGAAGACCCUGACAGAGACCUCCACGUCCCUGGCCCUCACCGAGACACUUAUUGGACCUGUCAAGCUGCCCCACAUUCCCCCAGCGGUGCUGAGCAAGGUGCUGAGUGGCAUGGAGGGCCGGGCAGCACAUGGCACCCCACCCCCUACCCCCGGCACUCACAGGCCCACACGGGGCACACAGGGGGAGAGGGACAAGGUGGCACUGCACUCCCUGGACCCAAGACACACAGGAUGGACUAAUGGUGCAGCAGCAGCAGAAGGACUUAAUGAAAUGAAAUGUGGCAGUAAGAGCGGAAGUGUGAUGGGUGAGGCAGGGAGGGUGGGGGAGGGUGAGGGGACAGGUGUGGGAGUGGAGCACCGAGUGGUGAUGGUGGGUGGCCCACAUGGGGAGGAGAUGCGUGAGCUGCACCGGUACCCUGCGGCGGCAAUCACCACUGUGGUGGAGCGCAAGUCUUACCUGGGCCUGGAGGGGGCAGCCACCAAGGAGCCCCGGCCCCGGAGGCGGCGGCAGCGGCCCCGGCGCCGCGCUGACUCCCAGACCUCCAUGGCCAGUGAGUCAUCUACCUGUGCGUCUGGGUCCAGCAUGGCCUCCCUGCUGGGCCACUCGGCCGCACCUAGUAAGACCUCCUCCCGGGGCAGCGGCGGCAGCGACGCCCCUGGCCCCCCCAGGCCAUUGCUGUCCUCAGCUGUACGCAGAGCCCGGCGUGCCCUGGAGGGCCAGGACCAUGCAAUCUCCCCUUGUCCCUCAGACACAUCCUCCUCCAACCUGUCCACACUGAGUGAUCUGAGCGGCUACCAGGAAGAGUACCUCACCCUGCGGCGCCUGGUGUCCGACGCCACCUCCCCCGAGGACCGCUACCACCACUUGUCCCGCCUGGCUGCCUCAGCUGCUGCUCCCCCCAUCCACACAGGGCCCAAUGUGGAGGAGCUGCAGCGGGCACUGCAGGAGGCGGUGACGCAGCGGGAAGACCUGGAGAUAUCAGUGCACCGGCUGUCAGUGCAAGUGCACAAUGCUGUGAGGGAGAAGGAGCUCCUGCAGCAGCAGCUGGAGCUGGUGCAGACCCAGGUGACAGACACUGGCCAACGCCAGUACUUUGAGGCGCAGCGCCAGCGUGCUGCCCUGGAGGGCCGGCUGGAGACCGUGCAGCAGGAGCUGGAGGCUGCCCUGCAGCAGCGCACCCAGAUGCAGGGCAGACUGUCAGCUGCCCUUGCAGAGGCCAGGGAGGCGCAGGCUGCUGCCACACAGGCUGCCGAGGCGCAGGCCUUGGCCAUGGCCAGGAUGGAGAAGUUUGAAGUGGCCAAUCGGUGCCUGGAGGUGGAGGUGAAGGAAGCCAGGGAGGGGCUGGACCGUGCUGAGAGUGAGUUAGCCAAGUCCAGACAACAGGCUGGGGACUUGCAGGCCAAGUCUGAAGGUCAGGUGCUAGCCCUGGAGCAGGUGAGGGAGGCUGAGGCCACCCUGAGGAAGGAAGCGCAAGAGAUGAGGACUCGCCUCACCCAGCUGGAGUCUCAGCAGGCAUCCAUGGGGAAGGCGCAGGGCCAGGCAGAGGCUGCUGCUGCCAAGGCCAUGGCUGAGGCUAGGACAGCCCAGGCAGAGGCUGCACGCCAGCAGGAGCAGCUGCAGCGUGCUGAGGAGGCCCGCACAGCUCUGCAGAGGGAGGCCCUGGAGGCACGGUCAGCCCUGGCCAGGAUGGAGGCAGAGAAGGAGGCAGUGGAUGCCAAAGUGGAGAGUCUGGCUGGUGAGGUGGAGGAGGGCAAGGCCAGGGCAGUACGGGACAAGAGCCUGCUGGUGAGUCACCUGGAGGCCCUGCAGGCUGACAUGGCAGAGAGGGAAGCCCUGCUGGCCAGGCUGCAGGAAGACCACUCUGCUGGCAGCCAGCUGGCCCAGGAGCGGCAGCAGCGCCUGGAGGAGGACCGCCAGCGCAUGCAGGGUCUGCGCCUGGACCUGGCCGAGGCAGAGCGGCGGCUGGCUGACUCCCGGGAGGACCUGCAGCAGCGGGUGGCCCUGCUGGCACGACGCGAGGCACAACUGAAGGAGGCCAAGGCAGCAGCUGCAGUGGGCCAGGAGCAACUGCGGGAGCGGGAGGGGCGCAUCACAGGCCUGGAGCAGCGCCUGCAGGAGCUUGGCACCACAGCUGCAGCAUUGAGGGAGGAGCGGGCUGCAGGGGAGGCUUCGCUAGCCACCCUACAGGAGGAGAACAGCCGGCUGGUGGCAGCCCUGAAGGUGGCAGGGCAGGAGAAGGCUGAGGUGGAUGCUGCCAUCCUGAAGGUGCGAGAGGACAUGAGUCGCCUCACCUCUUCCGUGUACCGUAUGCGCCAUGACCUGGCUGCCAAGGACCGCCUCAUGCACCAGAUGGCCAGGGAGGCAGAGGAGGCAGCCAGGACCAGGGUUGCCCUGGAGGAGCGGCUGGCAGCCUUGAAGGACGAGGCACAUCACCAGGAGGAGAAGGCAGAGCUGAGGAAGAGGGUGGAGGGGCUGAGGGAGGAGGUGAGGGUGGCAGGGGAGGCAAGGGCUGGGCUGGAGGCUGAGUUAGAGGUGGCAAGGGCUGCUGGCAGGGCCAUGGAGGCAGAGAAGAAAGCCCUGGCAGAGACGUGUCACCUGCAGGAGGAGCAGAUCCAGGGCCUGGAGGGCGGUGCGGAGAGCUGUCGGGAGGUGGUGCUGAAGAAGGAGGAAGAGCUGCACCGCAUCAGGGAGCAGCACGCUGCCCUGGAGGGGGAGUUUGUGGCCCUCAGGAGAAACUGGGAGGCCCUCAAGGGGGAGAACCUGUCCCUGCGGCAGGAGGCAGAGGCCUGCGCGGAGCAUGAGGCAGCGCAGCGCAGGGAGCAGAGUGACCUCAAGGACAGCAUACAGAAGGAGCGCAAGCUGAAGCAGAGCCUAGAGCACAAGGUGGAGGCACUGGCCAGGGACCACCAAGCAGAGCGGGAGGCAGCGGAGAAGACUCACAGAGACCUGGUGGAGUGCCUGGAGGCAGCAGAACGCCAGGCCAGGCAGAGCAGGGAGGAGGCGGACAGGAAGGUCGACUCCCUGCAGAAGGAACUGGAGGCUGCUGUGAAAGACAAGACAGACAUGCAGCUCACCAUAGAUGACCUCAGGAGAAACAGUGAAGGCAGCAGGGUGAGGCUUGAGGAACAGACCCUGGCCAUUCAGAGCCUGCAGGCUAAGGUGGAGGCACUGGAGAGGGCACAGGAGGGCCUGGAGGCAUCACUGCAGGACAAGGCAGCAGAAUUGUCCAGGCUGGAGGGGCAGCACAAAGAGCAAGAGGCUGGAACUGUGAGGCUGGGUGAGGAGAAGGAGCAUCUUGUGGGUCAGGUGAAGGUCCUGCUGGCAGAGAACACCCUGCUCAAGAAGAUGCAGAAGGCAACCGACUCCUUGGUGUCUGAGGCUGUCAACAACAACAAUAACAUCAACAACAGUAUUAAUGCUGGUGGGAGGAAGAUGCCCAAGAGUCCUGAGAUGCUACAGAAGGAGGCGUCCAGUAUUAAUGCUGGUGGGAGGAAGAUGCCCAAGAGUCCUGAGAUGCUGCAGAAGGAGGUGUCCACCCUCACGGUAAGGCUGGAGGAGGCCGGACGACAGAGGGACACCAUGCAGGAGGCCCUCAAGAGUGCCAGGAAGGAGAACAUCCUGAUGAGAGCCAAGGGGAAGGAGCUGGAGACACUCAGAAGAAGAUGUGCCCAGUUAGAAUCCACUGUCAACCAGCAAAGGAAGUCUGAGGUGCUGGCAGCGAAGUGUGCGGAGUUGGAGGCAAGUGUGGAGGCCAAGCAGAAGGAGUGUGCCUCUCUCACUGCCACACUGAAGGCCAAGGAAGCCAGCCUUGACCAGGAACAGAAGAAAAACACAUCUCUCACCAGUUCCCUGAAGGAGAAGGAGGCAAGCCUCACCCUCUUUCAGAGCCAAGGACGGAAGGAGGGGGAACUGCAGGCGAGGAUAAGCAGUCUUGAGGGAGCAUUGCUGGAGGCCCAGGACACUAACACAACCCUCAAGGAACAACUCAGGGCCUUGGAGAAUGAAAGAGACUCCUGGGCUGCUAAAUACGAGGGUCUGAGGGACAGCAUACCAGAGAGGGAUGUCAGCACACAGCCAGCCAUUCAGUUGUUACCUCAUCAUCAGCACCAGGCCUUCAGCACCACACAGGAGGCUCGACAAUACUCCAGUGCUGCUGUAGCCUACCCUGCCACUACCCAGCACUCCUUGACACAUCCCAGCAGCAUUCAGGAGCCUGUCAUGUGUCCAAGGAUUACUCAGGAACAUGUAGUAACUUGUCCCACCUCAGCCAAGCAACCAGUCCUCCCCAACAGUAGUCAGUCACAUGCCACACACAGUAAAAGCUUAGAGCCUCAAGCCUACACCAACAGCAACCAGGAGCCUGUAGAAUGCACCACAAGUACCCACCAGCCUCAUACUAGUAUGCAAAACUCAUGCCCAAGCACUGCCAGGCCUCUUUACCCCAGCAGCAGACCACAUGUUCCCAGCACAGCAGAUGUAAGCUCCACAAACAGCAAUGACAGCAGAAUGACAGGACCACACAACGCACCACAGUCGACCAGCACAUGGCAGACAGACCAGUGGAGUGAGGUGCCACAGAACUCCCUCUUGCAGGCGAGAGAAGAAGGUGAUGGCAUAGAGGCAGUGAUAGAGGACCAGAACUUGCAGAGUCUUGAAAUAUCAUCCGCCUCCUCGUCCCACAGCAGAGUAGAGGAGGAGGAGAGAAUGGAAGAGAGACCAGUGGAUGAGGAGAGCAUAAAUGUCAGGAAAGAAGUGCAGUGUCUCCUGGAAAAACUGAGUAACCUGGAGAGUUUGGUGAACACAAGAGAACAAGAGCUGCAGGAGGAGAAGGAGAAGGCAGUGACGGCAUCGAACGAAUUCCGAGAGAAGCAGAGGCGUUACGAAUCAAAUGUGCGACUGCUGACGAGGAAACUGAAGGAGCACAUGAAGGGGAGGAAGGCAGCCGAGAAGGAGGUGCAGAGCCAGGUCGAGGAGCAUCAGAGAGCGAUGAGCGACGAACGGCAGAAAUAUGACACGUUGCGAACCAGGUGCCUGGAGUUGGAGGGAGCGAAGGAGGCAGUGGAGGGGCAGGUCGGGGUGCUGCAGGGGGAGGUGGCAGAGGUAAGGGCGGCACUGGCACGGUCACAGCAGGAGUGCCACACCCUCCACACCUCCAUCCUGCACCUACAGAAGGAGGUCGGCAGGCUGCAAGAAAUCUGCAAGGCGGCAGAGGGCUUGCGGUCUGUUGUGUCCAGCCUGGAGGCAAGGCUGGAGGAGAAGGAGAAGCUUUCCUCUACACUGGAGAGGGACCUUGGGGCAGCCAGGGAGGAGGCCAAGGAGAGAAGCGAGCGGUGUGCCUCCCUCUCCUCUGCCCUGGACCAACUAAAAGGGGAGAAGGAGAGGCUGGAGAAAGAGCUAAAGGACAUCUCUGGAAAACUGGAUAAAGCACAACAAGACUUCAAGGCACAACUGGAAGACAACAAGAGGCUGGAGGAUGACUCAACCCGACUUGCAGCGUCCAAGGAUGACCUGGCACACCGUCUGACAGAAGCCAGCGGGAAAUGUGACCAGCUGGCCCUCGAGGUGAGCCAGCUGGAGAAGGAGAGGCAGGACAAGGCGAGCCAGCUGGCGAGGAUGAAGGGGGACCUGGAGGAGGCUCAGAAGAAGGUGUCUGCUAUGGAGCAUCAGAUAAAGUUGCUUGGCGGGGAGCUUGAAGUGAGUCAGGAGGAGGUGAGACAAGCCAGGGAGCAGCAGGUGGCCAGGGAGAGGAGCCAGGUGGAGAGGGUGACUGUUCUUGAGGGGCGUCUCGGUGCAGCCCAACAGGAGGCAGAGUCCCUGGCCACCCAGCUGAGCCAGGCCAAGGGAGAGAGGGUGAGCUACCAGACCCAGGCCACACAACUCAGGACGGCCCUCCAUUCAGCCCUGGACCAGCUCAAGAGCCAUGAGUCAGAGAGAGAGGCACGGGAGGCCCAGGCACUCACCCUCACGUCGGAGGUGGAGGUCAUCCCGUCCCCACGCCCUCUAGAUGUCGCCAGCCUCACACAGCUCAUUGAGAAGACCUGCAUCACCCCCACUCCAACCCCGCCACCCCUCACCAGCCUGGAGUCCUGUCUCUCAUCCCUCAAGGCAGAGGUGAAGGUGCUGCAGUCCCGCCUCCAGUCAUCCAGUGUGGUGGACGGGAACGUGCAGGGGUGAGUGGAACAAGUUGGCAGGAGAGGACAGAGGGACGAGUGAGGCAGUGACAGCAACAACCUUGACCACAGUGACUCAGGAGGGCAGCAGCAGCAAAGCAAGAACAUGAGGGAGGCUUGCAGUAGACUCACAAUGCUAGUAAUACAUUGCUCACGUGCCCUUUCCCCUGCGGUGUUGGAUGGCUUGAGUUCAUUCACCCUGAUAUUCCUUCCCUGUGAUUCCUUACACAGCUAUGGUUCCCUUUAACGUUCAAGUCACUAAAGAGGAGGCUUAUUUUGUCUUUUCUCUGGUGGCAAAACUGUUUGAGACUGUAAGUAGUUGUGGGAGAAGCUAUGAAGGGGUCAAGGAUGUACUCUUUCAAAACACUUGCCACUUUGCUCAUUGUAAUCCUGAUGCUUCCCUUUAAAGGAGAUUAUAUUGAUUAUAUUCGCAUAUAAGAGUCGGGACUUGGGGAAGGUUUGAAGCAGUGUUGGCAAUGAUCAGCUGGAAGAUAUGUAAGAUUUCCAGACAACCUAAGGUUUGAGGUGGAAGAUAAAUAAGGUUUCUAGAGGACCUCAAAAGUCUUGAGUGAUCACAUAGAAUAAUAAUUAAGGUUUCUAGAGACCUGAGAAGACUUAGGUAAUCAGCUGGAAGAUCAAAUAAGGUUUCCAGAACCUUAGGAUGCUUGACUGACCAGCUGGAAGAUUAGUAAGACUUCCCGAUGACUUAAUGAAGACUUGAGUGAUUAUUAUUAUUUAACCGAGUCAUAAUAAAAGGUUCUGUCUGCCGUAUGAUUUAUACUAAAAGACACGGUAAACAGACAAGGCCAGGAGGACUUCCGAAGUGCUCUGGCGAUUGACUUCCAACCACAACUCAGCUUGGGAGGAACUUGUGAUGCGUGAAGUCAGCGGUUGCGGGUAAAUGACGUGCAAAAUAGGCUUUAUUGAUUACCUAUAUUAUCUUUUGGGAACCUACAAGAUUAUGUUUCACUCACAGAUAUUUGGAUGAUUUUAUUGGGUGAUUUUAUUGAUGUGACCUUUACUGUUACCUAUAAUUUAUGUACCCCUCCAAAUGAUGUACAAGCUGAGAAGCUGGAGAGAGUGCUACUCUGUCAGAGGACUCAGUCUGGUGCAGGGAGUCUGUGUCUGUAGAUCUGAGUGGUGGCAGGCAGCUUGUCAUGAGUGGCUGUAUGGUGCCCAAGGGUGGUGUGGACUGACUCUUGGGCUACAGAGAGUCUGGCCUUACUUGGGUUUUCUAAGGGUGAUGUGGCCUCUGUUGGGUUUCUAAGGGUUUAAUAUCACUCUAGGAUUUUCAAGAGUAUGGCUUCACUAGCAGGUUCCCAAGGGUAUGGACUCACGUUCUAGUUUCCAAGGGUGCACAUUAUUUUAAGCCACAUUUGUUCUUGGUAGCUACAUUUUUUUGGUAAUUGUACAUUUAGUGCCGUCCCAUAAAUCCUGCUGCUUUUUAGUCUUAUAGAUGUGAUGAUUAUAAUGAUUUGGUGUUGAAUCUUGUGUUCCUAAGGUCUGUAUUCUCUCAUGUUUUGGUGUCCUAUCUCUUGGCUAUUUUCAGCAGGCUGCAGUGGAAAUUAUUUUUGUCCUCAAAGGGAUUUACAUGAUUCUAGUGAUUCUAUUUCUUUAACAGGUUCUAAUGGAAGUUAUUGAGGCUUGCAAGGAUGUUUUCAUGAUUCUAAGGAUAGUUUGAUAAGGAAUUUACCUGAUUAAUAAGAAAAAAAACAUGUAAGAACUUGAGCAGUCAUCUGUGUGGCCUCUGAAGACCGUCCUGGUGAGAGAGCAAAGUGAUUGAGAGUGCAGACCGAAGAUGCUAGUGAGAGUGGGAGGGAGAAUCCACAUUAUACUUGAUACAAAUGAAAAUGGUGUGAUAAUUGAUGUGUAAGUCUUGUGAUUUUUGUCUACCGGUUGUAGGUGUGAAUUCCAUUAGUUAUAGAUGCAACUUUUUUUGUUUACACUUACCAAAGAAAUUGUCAUAUAGUAUCUCAAAGAUUUUAAAGUAUUUAUGUUUUUAUUUAUAUAUAUAUAUUUGUCCAGUGAGAUUUUAUUGUUGCUUUAUAGAGAGAGAGAGAGAGAGAGAGAGAGAGAGAGAGAGAGAGAGAGAGAGAGAGAGAGAGAGAGAGAGGUAUCUUUGUUGUUAUUUACUCUUUACUUCACCUCAGUUUUUUAAAUUUGAUUUAAUUUUUUUGGCAGAUUUUUGCUCUUGCUUUCUCUCAUGAGCUGAUUUCUCAUCACUCACUCCUUGAAACUUGAUCAUCUCUCCAUGAUUGCUUGGCACAGAGGUGAACACUUUACCAUCAGCUUAAAAUUGUGUAUUGCAGUAUCCAUCUUGUCUCAGUGCAGUGUUCUGUGCAUUAUGAUUUGUGUGUUUCAUCUUAUCUGUCUCUUAGAGUUAAUUUAUAUUUGAAAUUCUUAUGCCUUUUGUCAAGUUUAGCUUUUCUCCAUCUUUUGAUGCUAUGCUCCCGCUUUUAUAUACAUUUUGGUUUGUGUGUAUUGGUGUUUCCCUAGAGUUCUAUGUAUAAUUGAAGUCUUUACACCACAUUCUUUACAUUAUUGUGUCCAUCACACCUUCUGCAGCACUUGUGGAGGGAGGCUGAAUAGAGGGAAGGAUGUUGGGCUCACUCCCUCUUCAGCUCUGUUAAUAAAGUCAUGGCAACAUGUACAGUAACAUACACCACUAGGCUUCCACUGUCUCCUACCUCAGUCUUGUCCUCUGAUCUGAGAAAGCACCAGUUGUCAGGAGAUUGUAGGAGUUGAGAUACAGGUAAGGCACUGUGUUCCCUCUUCCCUCAGUCUUACAUCUUACAUCUCCUGAACUACUGACAUAGUUUUUCUCUAUAUAGAAAGUUCACUGAUCUGAGAAUGCACCAGUUGUCAGGAGAGGUUCAUUAGAUUGGAGGCUGUGGUGCUGAGGGACAGGCACAGUGUCAGUAGAUCAGGGGAUGUAAUAUUGAGGGAAGAAAACAGUGGGAGUGAGUGUAGGUUACUUCACUUGGCCAUGACUGUAUUGACUGAUUGAUUAAGGUCCACAGAGCUUGAUUUGUCUAAAAGGCUUUAUUCUGUGUAAAUAUAUAUAACCUACUUUAUUUUUGUAUGUGUGUGAGUGUGUAUGUGUAAAAUUUAUCCAGAUGCUAUGCAAUGCAACUCUGUUAAUGAUUUUAGGUGUUGUUAUCUGGUGCAGGUACUGAGUGUGUGAGGUGCUGGAGGAGUGUGGGCUGAAUACCACAGUGAGUUUUGUUUUUUUUAUUGCUUGAUGAGCUUCACGUGUUGCCAAGACAAAACAGACAAGACACUCGCUGCACAGUACUGACACACACACACAUUCAACAAAUAUGGGAUUCAACAAAUAUGGGAUUCUUGGGGAUCCUUAGUUUUAGGAGAAUCACAAGAACUAUUACGACCUAAGUCUUGCAUUUGUUCAGACAUCUGGACAUUUUCAUGAUUAUUUCUAACAUAUUAAGUUAGUAACUUCACCUCACGACUUGAUUUCUUUGUAUUUUUGUCAGUUUCAAGAAUGUAAAAUUCAGCUGCAGCUUGAUCCUUAGACUUUAUUCCUUCACUUUUUUUUUGUCAAUUUCCAGAAUAUUUUAAAGGAAUUCCAAUCAGUAACUUAAUUGAACAGCCUUUCCUCACAAUUUUGUCAAUUGCAAACAAAUUUAAUCUAAGUGGACCCCAAGACUCCCUCUUUCCACACAGACAUAUUCCUGGAGUUUAUAUGGUCUUUGUUUUGUUGUGACAGGCUGCACAUAUGAUCUGAUUACCUUAUAUUACCUGCCUGAGGUUGUCUUCCUUGCCCUGUCAUGCCACGGAGAUCAUUGGGUCUUCUCUGUUAGCUGUUUGGUGAAUCAAAAUUACUGUUGUUUUCAAGUAUUUUGGUAUGAAAGGAACUUGUGGGUGUGGGAGCAGCAGUUUAUUAUUAUGUCCUGAAAAUACCAUGUGCUUUGUGUUGUGAGAGUUGCAGCUCCUACACUCCCUCUGAAUGUUUGUGUACCUUAUUUUGUAAAGGAUGAUUAAUUUGUGUCACAGCUCAUGAAGACCAUAUGUUACCUGUUCUUAGACUUGAGUCAGUUUCUGCAAAGGUUGAUAUCAUGGUUGCAUAAAAGCUUUAUAAAGACCACAAGUUACCUGUAUUAGAACAAGUUUGCAAAGCUUGACAUUUUGUUUGUAUGAAAGGCCAGGUAGGACCAUAAGUUGCCUGUACCUAAAGUGACACCUACCAGUUUUGCAAAGGUUAAAUAACUUAGCUGGUUGAAAGGCUUGUGAACACCAUGCCACCUGCACUGCAAGUGGACAGGGAUCAAUUAUGCCAGUAAUAGAGUGGAUGUGGCAGCUGUGUAGAGGUGUAGAGGUGAGCAGCACAAAGGUGAACACAGGUGUGUCAUCAUAAGCUAAGGCUAAGUACAAGCUUAGGUAAUAAUUGGUAAUGCUUUAUUGUAGUCAACACUGUGAGGGAAUAUAAUUAAUUUUUUUUAUUAUAAAGGGACGAGGAAGGAAGAUGUAGUACAAUAUGUUAUGAAAAUAUAAUCUUUUAUGUAAAAACAUUUUGUGCUUAGGAAGCAUAAGAGCUUUUAUAUAUAAAACUAUAAUGCAUGAAGCCAGAGUGAUAAUAUUUACAGGAGUGUACAUGUGUGUAUCUUCUCAGAGGAAAGAGGUUUGCUUACCCAUGUAAGCUUUGAUACAGAAAUGCUGUGGUUAAGAGUUUAGAAUAAUCUCAGUGUUUGAAAACUAUUGUUACACAAACACCACAUAAAAAAAAAAAAAAGUACACAAGUAAAAACAUGAACUUUUUACAUAAACAUAGCUAUGUAAAGCUACAUAUAAAAAAAAUCAUUUAUGAAAACUUUAUACAAUUGUAAGCGGUAGUUAAGGCUUCAGUUACCAAGGAGCAUCUCACCACAAGACUCCCGGCAUGUGAGGGUCUGGUGGGGUGCGUGUGGAGCAACAUCCUGGCUCACUUCUUUCUUUAUAUCAAGCCAAACUAUUUCUUUGAGUCCUUGUAAUUGUUGUCAGCCUCCAUGACAAAGAAGUCACUGUAGUACUGAACCCAAAGCUUUAACUCAGUAACAAACAUUACUUAUGCAGCUUGUAUUGCUCAAACUGUUAAGUGUGAGAGGAGAGAACACCCUCACUACAAGACAUUUUGUAUCAGUUAAUAAUAUGUUCCUUCUCACUCUCUCUGGUGUCAGGUCAGAUUGUCAGUGGAUAUUGUGUGUGGGAAAUUGUGGUGAGCAACUAUAGUUCGUAAACAUCCUGGUUCGUAAACAUCCUGUAGGGGACAUCCUGUAGAGAGAGAGAGAGAGAGAGAGAGAGAGAGAGAGAGAGAGAGAGAGAGAGAGAGAGAGAGAGAGAGAGAGAGAGAGAGAGAGAGAGAGAGAGA